CGAGGCUGCCGGGAAGUGUAGUGCCGUUGGCGCCCCUCGGGCUGACAGGAACUCGGUUUCCCGGCAGCCGGGCGGGCUGGGCGAGCUAAGAAACGCGAUCAGCGCGCAGCCCAGGGAGGGGCGUGGUUUGGGGAUCGAUCUCGGAGGUCGGGCGCGGCAGCUCUCCCAGCCGGCUCUCCGAUGCUCUCCUCCAGCCUGCUGGCGCUCGGCCGUGCCCUCCGCUGCCCAGCCUUCCCGGCCGGACGCGCGGCGCUGAGCGGGUCGGCCAUGGAGAAGCCCGUGGAGUCGGGCAUCCGGGCCAAGCUGCAGGCGGCCCUCGAGCCCCUCCACCUGGAGGUCAUCAAUGACAGCCACCUGCACGCCGUGCCGCGCGGAUCGGAGACCCACUUCCGGGUGGUGGUGGCCAGCCGGCGCUUCGAGGGCCUCUCGCUCAUCCAUCGGCACCGCCUGGUCAACGACCUCCUCCAGGAAGAGCUAGCCGGCCCCGUCCACUCGCUCUCCAUCCAGGCCAAGACCCCGCAGCAGUGGGAGAAGGGCGCGCACGUCGGCCAGAGCCCCCGGUGCCUGGGAGGGGCCAAGCACGACCCGUCCGCAGCCGGCAAGUUGGGGAAGAAGGGGCUCACUCAAGCCGGGCCGGAGGGCCCGGGGGGGCUCUGACUUCCAGGCCUCCUUCCGAUUUGAGCUGCCCAGAGCAGCCCUUGGUGCCCCUGCCAGGUCAGUGCCGGUCCGGCUUGCUCCCCUGCCUGGUGUCUGCGGAAGUGUAUUAAAUGCCUUGGGCUUUCC